UACGUUUUUCCUACUGGUUUUAUUGGCAGUAUCAGGCGGAGCAAAACUGUUUCAGAUGACCAGGUUUAAUUCUCUAUCUGUAACGGUUACGCAAAGGAUGGCUGACGCAGAUAAGUACGACGAACAACCCCUUUGUGCCCAACUUAUCACAAAGAACAUUGACGUUUGGGCUAUUGGAGCAAUGCUGGGCAAGUGCUCUUUGCACCAGAAAAACAAUGGGCACCCGAUUUACGACGUUCGUCUGAAUUCGAAGGUAAUUCCCGAGGGUUACCAAGGGAAGGCAAACCUUUUCGGAUGGUACGUAAACACACAAGUUCUGCCCGAUGGAAACUGUGACACCACAAUAGAUGUACCCGGUCGUCCGCACUUGUCUAAUAAAGCUUUGGUAUUCCUCACAGGACCAGAAGACAAUAAUAUUUGUCAUAAGCUUCGGGAGGCGACUUUGGGAGGUGUCCGUAUUGUGAACUGUUACCAGAUCAAAACUGAGAUUGUUGAAGUUCAAAAGCUGGGAACCUAUCAUAUAGAAACCGAGAAGGGAGUGGACUAUAGCACUGUACAACUCUUAGCCGAGAAGGCCAACGAGGGACAAACCGGUUGCGCAUACAAUGCCUUUCCCGCCGCUAAACUAUAAUUUCUGUCCAUUUUUUUCAUUUUGUUCGGUAGUGACUGUGAUAUUGAUCCAAACAAAUUGUUUGAAUAAAGCGGACCUUUGCUUGUGACC